UCCGUCGCAUCACCGACGCCGAUUUAGGAGCCGAUCUCACAUCGCUUCCGCUCCCACUCCACUUCCCCUUCGCUCAUUCUCCUCCUUCUUCUUCUUUUUCUUCUUCUUCUUCGGCGUAGGCGCUCGAGAAUGGAGGUCUUCUACUGGCUUCUCUUUGGCGGACUCGCCGCGGUGGUGGCCUCCCUGGAGCUCAGCAAGACCACCCGCGAUCGCGCCGCCACCUCCUCCGCCUUCAACUCCUUCAAGAACAACUAUCUCCUCGUCUACUCCCUCAUGAUGGCUGGAGAUUGGCUGCAGGGACCCUACGUCUACUACCUUUACACUACGUAUGGCUACGGGAAGGGUGACAUCGGCCGCCUCUUCAUCGCCGGAUUCGGAUCUUCCAUGCUGUUCGGUACCAUUGUGGGUUCCCUGGCUGACAAACAGGGUCGGAAGAGGGCUUCUGUGACCUACUGUAUCACCUACAUCCUUAGCUGCAUCACCAAGCAUUCGCCGCAAUACAAGGUCUUAAUGCUGGGACGAGUUUUAGGAGGGAUCGCCACAUCGCUCUUGUUUUCUGCAUUUGAGUCAUGGCUUGUCGCAGAACACAACAAGAGGGGUUUUGAGCCACAAUGGUUGUCCAUCACAUUCUCGAAGGCCAUAUUUCUUGGCAAUGGCCUAGUUGCCAUUAUAUCUGGUCUCUUUGCUAAUUUACUGACAGAUAACUUGGGUUUGGGACCUGUUGCUCCCUUUGAUGCUGCUGCUUGCUUCCUCGCAAUGGGCAUGGCGAUUAUAUUAUCAACAUGGACCGAGAACUAUGGGGAUGCUUCUGAAAGCAAAGAUUUAUUGACCCAGUUUAAGGUUGCUGCAUCAGCUAUUUCUUCUGAUGAGAAAAUUGCUUUACUGGGUGCAAUACAGUCCCUGUUUGAGGGUUCCAUGUAUACGUUUGUCUUCCUUUGGACUCCUGCUUUGAGUCCAAAUGAUGAGGACAUUCCUCAUGGUUUCAUUUUUGCCACUUUCAUGCUCUCAUCGAUGUUAGGUAGCUCCAUAGCAUCUCGUCUAUUAGCCCGUGCAGUACCAAAAGUUGAAUCUUACAUGCAGCUUGUAUUUGCUAUAUCUGCCGUCACUCUCCUCCUACCAGUUAUUACAAAUUCCUUAAUAACACCGUCAACAGUCAAAGGCGGAAGCAUUUCUCUUGGGGGUUGUAUUCAGCUCUUUGGAUUCUGUACAUUUGAAGCGUGUGUUGGAAUAUUUUGGCCGUCCAUUAUGAAAAUGAGAUCCCAGUACAUUCCUGAGGAGGCUAGGAGUACAAUCAUGAACUUUUUCCGCAUUCCACUGAACAUAUUUGUGUGCAUUAUUCUUUACAAUGUUAGUGCAUUCCCUAUGACUGUCAUGUUCGGCAUGUGCACUGCUUUCCUUUUCCUCGCCGCAAUUCUACAAAGGAGGUUGAUGAAGGUUGCUGAAGCCCACAGAUCAAAAUUUCCAGAUUGGACUUCCGUAAAGGAAAGAGACGGUGAGGCUGAGCCACUAAACACUUGAUGAAGACAAGGUGGGGUUUGAAAGACAAACGCAACAAUGUAUUUGCAGUGAUCAGAACAACAGAUACGCAAAGACUUCAUAUUGAGGUUCACCCUAGAUUCUUAUUAAAACUGCAAAGUUUUACUAGUAUCUCUGUACUGCCUAAUUAGUCGAUUCGUGAUUAGUGUUUUUUAAUUACCAAUCAAUUUGCUACUUCCUUCUGUAUCUUCUUUACUCAAACUUCGGUUUCUAGUUUGUAGAGUUCAUCAACAUCCGAAAUUAAUCAAUAUUGUAAGUCUUCAGAUUCAGUAAUUCAUAUUGAUACUCCUAUAUUUGAUUUUCUA